AUGGGAAAACAUAAAGGAUCAACCAGCAGAGGAGGCAGGGGGAAAGGAGCCAAAGGUUCAAGGAGACGCCCACGUCCACGCAGUCUAUGCGGUCAGAGUGCCGUACGGGUACCGGUACGACUACGAGCAACGAGAGCCACAACGGAGAGCCCGGCAAGCCAGCAGCCGACCAGACCGGGGGCUCCCGCCUCUCCACUCAGUCCUCGUCCUCCUCGUCCUUAUCGUCAUCUCGAUCCCUCCUAUCCCUCAUCUCUCGAUCAUCAUCUCGAUCCCUUCGCCUCCUCCUCCUCAUACGCUCCCUCUGGUCUUAACUAUACACCUUCAUCCAUCUAUAAAGGCGGUAGUGAUUCUCCAGCAACAGCCCAUCGGGUAGAAGUUCGCAUUCCUGAAAGCAAAGAGGAAUCAGGUGACAUUACUGAAACAGGUGACAUUACUGAAAUAAUUCGACUAGAGAAAUAUGACAUUGAAGUACGAAUACCACCAAACAACGCUUACAGUGCAAAGGAUAUUACGGUUGAAGUAAUUAACGAAGUUCCACCUGAGUUUAAGAUCAAGGAAACAGAAGCAAUCAUUACCUACGGUUUGAAGAUGAAGGCGCCUCAUAAUGCAACCUUUGAACAUCCCGUUCAAGUGACAAUGCCUCACUCUGCCAUAUUCACAAAACCGAGUAAAGCGGAAAUCAUUGCAUACUAUCGGAAAAGUGCUUCUGGAGAGUUUGUUGCGAUACCCUCUACCGAAGGAAGUGUCCCAUGUUGUGUGGUAAGAGAGAGGGACCUCGAUAUCUACUUUAAACACUUCUGCGAAUAUUGGUUCGUGUCUCUGCGCAACGUGUUCAUCGGACUCCAGGAAAUAUUCAUUGGAAAACGUCUGGUCUGUACGCCGUAUGUUCCAAUGCCACCAUUUCUGAGCGGGAUGCAAGUUCUCUUAGUCCACAUAAGAGAUGCACACAAGAAAGAGGAAAAGGUUUGUUUCUUUGCUUAUAAUAACGAUAUGAUACAGUAUGGAACAAGUCGAACGCCUCUGGCACACUCGUCUGCAUUACGCGAUUCAAUAUUGUAG